AUACGACGUAUUUUAAAUUAAAAGAAAACUUAUGUGUAAUAAAGAAUAAAUAUAAUAAUUUGUAAUUGUAUUUACGUUAAUGGCACGUGAUACAUUACCGCUUUACUAGCAUCAACAUUCAACAGUACGACAUUUUCGACUAGCUUGCAGAAUUAUUUUUAAAGUUUAACGCGAAUGUGUCUUUUACAAACGUAAUUAACAAGACAACCAUUGAUAAAUGAAACUUUCAUAAUGUGAUCUGUCGCGUAAAUGUAACAUUAUUCAAAUUUAAGAAAGAGUGUGGUAAGUUUUAUUAUUUGCAGUCAGCACCAAUACGGUUUAGUUUUGUUUGUUUGGAAGAAGGAUGGCACGUGUUGAUGCAGCUGAAAAAGAAGCAAGUGAAGUAUUACAUUCACUUUUAUCUGUAGAAAGAAUUGAGAAACAUGAGCAAGUUCUUGUAGAUAGAAAUGCAAAUCAGUCUCCUGCAUCUCACAAUUUUCAAAAUUCUACAACAAAUACAGAAACCAUUGAAACAGAUACUCAAAUACAGUGGCACACUCCUGUUGCAAUAUCAACACAUUCUAUCUUUUCAACUAUAGAUCCAAACAACCAAUUUCAGCAUGCUGUUGACCAACAGGUGAUUUGGGAAGGUCACACCAUACAAGUUGAAGAGGAUCCACAAAAUAUUAAUACAAUAUAUACGACUGUUCCCUCUAAUACAGUGGUAGAAAUGUCACCUUCAAAAAAGGCUAAGCCUAAACCAUGCUUAAAAAAUAAUAGUAUAAGGAAAAAGAUACUAGUGAAAAAGAAAAAGAAAGACUUUGCUCCUACAGAACAAGUAAAUCGUGAAAGCACAAAAUUGGAAGAAAGUGCAGUGCAGGUAAAAGAACGUUUCAAACGUGGCUGUGAGUGCCAAGAUGAAAGUUGUUUUAGAGGAUUAAAUCCAGAAAGUGUUUAUAGGCAUCGCCUUAACAUAGCAGAAUUAACAAAAGCAGAGCAUGAUAUGUAUCUUAUGGGAGUAACUAUGGCUUGCCUGGCUAAUCCUGAUCAGACUGUAAGGCAUAAAGAAAGAAGAAGAUUGAGAGCUCAGUAUGUUUAUCAGGGACGGCGAGUUUGUUUAGAUGCCUUUCUAUACCUAGAAAAUUGUACACAUUAUCAACUUAAAAGAAUUAGAAAACAUGUAAUGACUCAUGGUGUAGCACCUCGUAUACAUGGAAAUCAUGGGAAAAAGCCGCAUAAUACCUUUUCUUUAGAUAUUUAUCGACAUGCAACUGAAUUUUUAAAGCAAUAUCUUGAAACACAUACUGGCGAAACAGGGAUAACAAAUUCUAAACAAAUUAUUCAAUUACCUUGGGACAUAACAAGAAAAAAUUUGCACGAUGCAUACAAAGAGUAUGGACAAAUUUUAGAACCAGGAAUAAAGUUAAUGGGUUAUUCCACUUUUAGGCAUUUUAUGAAGGAACAGUUUCCACAUGUCAAGUUUUGCAAAGUAGAACCUAAGUGCAAUGCCUUUCAUCAACAGUCCCAACAACAGCAACAGCAGCAACAACAACAACAACAGCAGCAUCACCAGCAACAAAAUUCUCAAUUACAACAAACUGAACAUCAACAAGAUGCUAUACAAAUACAAAGCCACCAUCACCUUUUGCAAAAACAACAGCAAUUACAGACUAUUGAUAAAAGAACUGAACAAAUGACUAAACCUCUAAUAGGUAGUACAGAAGUCCAACAAGUAAUUCCUUUAGUAAUAGCUCCUAACGACGGAAGUACAGCACAACAUCAUUCUCAAGCAUUUCUAGUCACACCUAUUUCUCAAAUUAUACCUAGUGGAAAUAUUACGACAGCACCACAAAACCCUGCUACUCAUACUUCUUCGAACACGUUUUCAUAUCAAAUUGCAAACACCGGGUAUGUCAUUAAUGAACAUGGAAAUUUGGUUUCACCAAUGCCAAAUACUCAACAGCAUACACCGUAUACCUUCAAUAGAAUCUAGACUUGGCUUAUUCAUUAUGGUGAUUAUAAUGAAAUAUUUUGUAAAAUUAUUUUGUGACAAGCGCAACUUUCUAUUGUUAUGUCACAGUCAGUGUAUCUGGAAAUGAUUCACUGAAAUGGUCAAUGCCAUAUAGGAAUAAACGCGAACCGAAAGAAGAGCUUUAAAAACUAAAACUAUAAGAGGAGAAAACGUACGAAAGAAAAUACAACAAUCGGUAUUUUACAAUUUGUAUAGAUAUCUGAAUAUUGUGAGAGAGGUCGUUUCAUCUACCUUUGAUAACAAAUAAAAAUAUUUUUUAGGAUUA